GCUCCAAUUGGCUAAGGUUGGCGCGAAGGUGCGCAAGUCGGCUCUCACGCAGAGGCCGUAGGAAACAAUAGAGGCCGCGCGCGCGGAGCGAGCGCCCGUAGGCUCGCAGCCCCCCUCCCGCAACGCUCGACCCUGGGAUCACCCUCGCCGCUUGCUUGCCCGCCAUGGCCGACAAGGAAGCAGCCUUUGACGACGCUGUGGAAGAACGUGUAAUCAACGAGGAAUACAAAAUAUGGAAAAAGAACACCCCUUUUCUUUAUGAUUUGGUGAUGACCCAUGCUCUGGAGUGGCCCAGCCUAACUGCACAGUGGCUUCCAGAUGUAACCAGGUGACAAUCUUUUGAAUAUUAUUUUGAUGCACUGAGCUUGGGAUCUCAUUCUAGCUCAGAGUGGUCUCAAACCCAUGAGCUCAGGCAAGCCAUCUCCCUGGGAAAUGACAAUGCAGAGAUGAAAAGUUCCUUUUGAAGUGAAAUUGGUAAAUUUGGAGGUUUCGGUUCUGUUAGUGGGAAAAUUGAAAUAGAAAUCAAGAUCAACCAUGAAGGAGAAGUAAACAGGGCCCGUUAUAUGCCCCAGAACCCUUGCAUCAUUGCAACAAAGACUCCAUCCAGUGAUGUUCUUGUUUUUGACUAUACAAAACAUCCUUCUAAACCAGACCCUUCUGGAGAGUGCAACCCAGACUUACGUCUCCGUGGACAUCAGAAGGAAGGCUAUGGACUUUCUUGGAACCCAAAUCUCAGUGGGCACUUACUUAGUGCUUCAGAUGAUCAUACCAUCUGCCUGUGGGACAUCAGUGCUGUUCCAAAGGAAGGGAAAGUGGUGGACGCAAAGACCAUCUUUACAGGGCAUACAGCAGUAGUUGAAGAUGUUUCCUGGCACUUGCUCCAUGAGUCUUUGUUUGGAUCAGUUGCUGAUGAUCAGAAACUUAUGAUUUGGGAUACUCGUUCAAACAAUACUUCCAAACCAAGCCAUUCAGUUGAUGCUCACACUGCUGAAGUGAACUGCCUCUCUUUCAAUCCUUAUAGUGAGUUCAUUCUUGCCACAGGAUCAGCUGACAAGACCGUUGCCUUGUGGGAUCUACGAAAUCUGAAGCUUAAGUUGCAUUCCUUUGAAUCACAUAAGGAUGAAAUAUUCCAGGUUCAGUGGUCGCCUCACAAUGAGACUAUUUUGGCUUCUAGUGGUACUGAUCGCAGACUGAAUGUCUGGGACUUAAGUAAAAUUGGAGAGGAACAAUCCCCAGAAGAUGCAGAAGAUGGGCCUCCUGAGUUGUUGUUUAUUCAUGGUGGUCACACUGCCAAGAUAUCUGAUUUCUCUUGGAAUCCUAAUGAACCUUGGGUGAUUUGUUCUGUAUCAGAAGACAAUAUCAUGCAAGUGUGGCAGAUGGCAGAGAACAUUUAUAAUGAUGAAGACCCUGAAGGAAGCGUGGAUCCAGAAGGACAAGGGUCCUAGAUAUGUCUGCAUUUCUUGUGAUUUUAAGCUCCCCUUCUUUUCUUCUCAACCCUGAGAUUGAUUUAACACUGGUUUUGAGACACACAGACUUUUUUGGCUAUCUCUCUAUAAUAGAAACCACCAACAGUGCUAUUAGCCCCAACAGUGGUUGUUUUCUAAAUACUAACUGGGGAACUUGAUUCAGCAAAGCCACAGACUUACAUUUAAAUUUUCUUCAGGAAUUUUCUAGUAACAUACCCAAGUCUAUAGCCACAGAAAGGGGAAUAUUAUGUGUGAUUAUUUUUCUUCUUACGCUAUAUCCCCAAGUUUUUCAGACUCAUUAAGUAAAGGCUAGAGUAAGUAAGGAAUAGAGCCAAAUGAUGUAGGUGUCUGAGCCAUGAAGUAUAAAUAUUGCUAUUGCAAGAUUUUGUUUUUAUUCAGGAAAUAGGGGAGAUUCAAGUCAUAGAUUCCCACUCUAAAUAAUCUUCACACCUAACCUUCCAGGAUGCACAUUUGCCUGUGUAGACCAGUAUUGGUUUCUUCAGUUAAGUCAAAACUACAUGUUCCUCUUUCCUCAUAUAUUUUUUGCUCGUUAGUGUAUUUCUUGAGCUGUUUUCAUAUUGUUUCUUUCCUUUCUGUGAAAUGGUUUUUUUUAAAACUUGGGACCACCAAGUUGUAAAGAUGUAUGUUUUCACCUGACAGUUAAUGCCACAGGUAUACUGUCAAGUUGAGAAGAGUGAAUCAAUAACUUGUAUUUGUUUUAAAAAUUAAAUUAAUCCUUGAUAAAAGUUGCUUUUUUUUUAGAGUUAGUCCUUGACCACUAGUUUGAUGCGAUCUCCGUUUUGGGUGACCUGUUUCACCAGCAGGCCUGUUACUCUCCAUGACUAACUGUGUAAGUGCUUAAAAUGGAAUAAAUUGCUUUUCUACGUAA